AUGGCGGAAUAUAUUAAACAAGUUACUGUAACUGGUGAUAUUUCGAGAAUCGGAACUGAUGUGAGUUUUUUCGUGAAAAACCAUGAAAUUUCAGAAACACAAAAACUAUUGACUUUUUUUGUGUUCAAGUUUGCUUUUUGAAAAAGUAAAAAAAAAUCGACCAAACGCAACGCAAAAAUGAAAUCACUUACAAAAAAAUUCCAAAAAAUCUUGAUUUCUCUCCAAUUGCUUUUUGCAGGAUGAUUUAAUCCGCGCCUGGUGUUCAGAAGUGGCCAAAGAAAUCUACGAGCAAAAAUGCGAGUUUGCAGUUGUUCAUGUUCAAGGUCUCCAUUCGGCUGAUAAUCCAGAUUAUGCUGCUCGAGUUAUUUGUGGAUGUAUCACAGAUGAUCCAGAAAUUUAUCGAGCUUUUGAUUCUUCGCGCGCUUUUUUUGAUACCACACUUACCGUAAGUACUUUUUGAAAACACGGUUUGAGAAAUAUUCUAAUGUUCUGAAUUUAUUUCUUUAAAAACAAUGAGAAUUUUAGGGUCUUGGAAAUUUAUAUCUGUUCAAAAAUCAUCGCGAUGUCCAAUAUUAUGAUCGAUUUUCAAAUACUGGUUACAUCCAAGUUGAAGCUGGACAUAAUCAUCGAAUUGGAGAAAGAGAAUCGGAUGGGUUUAUACAGAAUACAUUUGGACAAAGUUAUACAUUUAGGAAGGAUUUUUAUGUGAGUUCUAAAACCAAAUUUGAAACUUCUGAUCACGAUAUCACUGUAAAACUUGAGUUAUGAAGUGAAAAAUCAAAUGUACAAAUCCAAACGUACAAAUUUCAAAUCUAAUUGAUUUUCAGAAUGACGAUGGGACUCGGGAUUUGGCAAAUCAGAGAACUGGUUUUCUCUUGAGUAGAUUCCGAAUCCAUGGAAAAGAAAUGACAUUUGUCAAUCUGAAUCUGCAUUCUCUGCCAUUUGAAGAUGUUAAUGAAAUAGCAACAACUCAAAAUUCAAUCACAAAAGCUGCAUCAAAACGAGAAAAACAAAUCGAUUUAUUGCUAGAAGAAUUAGACGCAGAAGGUUUGAGAAAUGACGCGAUCCUUGUAGCUGGAUCUUUUAAUUCUGAACUUCAUGAAACUGAUCUUCUCAAUUAUUUGGCCAAAACUCAAUUAGUUUCAACGAUUGCGAGAAAAGACGAAGAGGGAAAUAUAUCUGCGAUUGAACAUGUUGAUAGAAAUUGUAGACAUAUUACAACUGUUGAGAGAACUAGAUUUGAUUUACAUUCGAUUCAUGAUUGGUUCUUCAGACUUGGAAGAGGUCAAAUGGUUAAAAGAUAUAAUGGAGAACUUGCAAGUAUUGCUUUCAAAGGAAGUCUGAAGGAGGAAACUUGCUUCUUCCAGGUAAUGAUUACUGUAGAAAAUAGUUGAGAGAUGUUUAAUUAUAAAAAAAAACUUUGGAUUCAGAUCAAGUUGAAACUUAGUUUUUUUUUUCAAAGAGACAUAACUUGGAAACUUUUUACGCUUGAUAAAAUAUCGAAUUUUGAGAGUAGAAAAAUUAGAAAAUCUGAAUUCCUGAACUCAAACCACUUUCUGGAAGUUUUCCACGAGAUAACUUUUUUCGAAUAGAAAUUUUUUAUCUUUGAGCCUCCUUUUGACUUUUUAAACCAAAAAAAAUCAAUAUUUGCAGCCAUCUCGACAUUAUGAAAUCAACAAAAAAACUGGAAAAGAGGAAUUUGAGAGAACUCUUUGCCCAGCUUGGAGUGAUAGAAUUUUGUAUAAUGAGAAUAUGAAUGAUCUAUUCAGACAUGUAGGUAUUUUAUUUAUCUUGAAUGGAAAAUUCAAUCUUAUAAAAAACUUAUUUCAGGAUUCCUUCUGCGCUUCAGGACUUUAUUAUGGUUUGGUAGCAGAGGAGAAACAUGUUGGACCACACAAACCAGUUGCAUUGCAUUCGACGAUUUGCUUGAAGUGA